GAAAAAAUGUCAACUAAUCCUCAAGGUCUUUUGAAAAGUUAGUUCGUACGACAUUACGUAAGUGAAAAUAUCAGAAGUUCUCUUACGUUACUGUUUGUACGGGGCGUUAUCAGCCGAUAAAUUCAACAAAAAUGCUGUACGUAUCGGGUGACGUAGUGGACUAGUUUUCAGGACUAUUCGUGGCAUGCAGGUUAGGGUCAAAUUUCCGCUAAUAUGGGAAAAUUACGCGUUCUCGUUACCAAUUCUGGAUUGCAGCAGGUGGCUAUAGAAAUGUUAAAAGAGAGAUAUGAUGUGGAUGUGUGUCCAGAACUGCCCUUCCCAUCAAGGCAACAAAUAUUGCAAAGAAUUAGUGGAAGUGAUGCUGUACUUUGGUUUUCUAAAGAAAAAGUGGACAGUGAAAUGUUGGAUAAAGCAGGGCCCAACUUGAAGGUGUUAGCAACCAUGUCAGCUGGAUAUGACCAUAUUGAUGUGAAGGAACUUAAAAAAAGAGGGAUCAAAUUUGGGAACACACCUAAUGUCUUGAAUGCUGCUGUGGCAGAGGUGGCUGUACUUCUUUGUCUGGCUACAGCACGCCGGUUGCACGAAGGUCGGAUCACAAUUGAGAAUAAUACAUGGGUACCACAUCAGCUCAAAAACCUGAUUGGCCAAGAUAUUCAAGGCUCUACAGUUGGCAUUGUGGGCUUUGGUGGAAUUGGGCAAGCUAUUGCUAAACGUCUUAUACCUUUUGAAGUGGGACAAAUUAUUUACUCUGGACAUUCACCUAAACUGCAAGCCAAAGAAUAUGGUGCAGAAUUUGUUCCAUUUGAUCAGCUCUUGAGGCAGAGUGACUUUGUGAUAGUAGCAUGUCCACUGACUGAAGAAACUCGAGAAAUGUUCGAUGAAGAAGCAUUUAAUAAAAUGAAACCCAAUGCUGUCUUAGUCAAUGUUGCUCGUGGAGGCAUUGUUGAUCAGCCAGCUUUGCUUAAAGCCCUCAAGGAAGGAAAGAUUUUUGGAGCAGGACUCGAUGUGAUGACUCCAGAACCACUACCAACAGACAGCCCACUGCUCAGUCUCCCUAACUGUGUAUUGCUCCCCCAUAUUGGCAGUGCAACUACGAAAACACACACAGCCAUGGCAGUUCUGGCAGCAAAAAAUAUCAUUGCAGCACUUGAAGACAAACCAAUGCCAGCACCUGUGUGAUGCAAACAAUGGCGUAAAUAAAUAAUUCAUAAAUGCAUGAGAAUUAGUGAACUAAAAGAGCAGAAGAAGGAAUAGGAAUGAAACAAACAGACAUGGCAAUAACAAAGAUAAUUAUAUCCAACUAUAAAGAUGAAAUUUUGUAGUUUUAUUAUCAGUAUGGCCAUAAAAAAUAGUGUGCAUAACCUGUGUUAUGUUACAGUAGUACAACAUAAUUUUCCUAAUACGCACACGAGCUCAUUUUUAUGACAAGCUUUGCCAUUUGCCAAAUAUCAUCAGGUUAUUACAUUUAUAUAAUGGCUCACUGUCCUUACUAGUAAUCUCUAAUGCAACUGAAGGCCCAUCACAGUGGCCCCAUGGUCUAAGGCACGAAAUGUCUUAGCUCACUCAAACACUGGGAUCGUGGGUUCAA